CUGAUUUAUCACGUUGCCGAUUAUUUAAGUCUUAAGCUUUUCUAUAACCAAAGAAAAACAAUGUCUUAAGCUUUUGAAGACUUUUGUCACAAAUAUAGAUACUAUAGCAUCUUUGUAGUUAAGCUUUUGAAGUCUUUUGUCACAAAUUUGGACACUAAGCAUCUUCUUUAUCAAGUAUAUCACUACAAUGGACACUAUAUAAUUAGCAUCUUUAUCACUACACAAGUGUUGAAGUGUAUAUCUAUAUAUAAGGAUCAAGAGGUCAAGUAUAUAGUAUAUAACUAGAACGCACGUGUGUGUAGUAGUAGAUGUGAUGGGUGCGAGAAGCAGCCAUACAGUGGAUCCAGUGGUGAGUCGGAGAUACUCAUCGGAAUCAGAGGCGGUGCUGGUGGUGCGACGCCGACCGUCUAUGGUGAACGGAGGAGGAUUCGUAGUGAGCAAUAACAAACAACAAGUAGUGUUUAGAGUUGAUGGGUGUGGAGUUCUUGGAACAAAAGGCAAGCUUCUCUUGACAAAUGGUGACGGUGUUAAUUUGCUUCUCAUCCGCAAAAUGGUAAUUCUUCUAACUUUAUUACUUUACAGUUUUGAUUUCAGUUUUGGUUUUGGAUAUGAUAAAGAAGGCACAGAGAGGUUGGUUUUCACAUUGAAGGAUCCAAAAGAUUCAUGUCUGGUUCCUAACAACAACAGUUCUUCAAUCAUAAUCUUGGUUCACGGUAAACCGAAGAUAUUAUCAACCCACAAGAGCUAUGUGGAGAUCAAAGGCUCUUUCACAGAGAGAGAUUGUAACAUCAUGAAUUCAGAUGGCAGAGCCAUAGCUAAGGUAAGAACAGAUAAAGAGAUGGAGGAAAUGGUGGGGAACAAGACGACGGAUCUGUAUCAUGUAAUAGUCAAACCAAACGUUGAUCAAGCUUUCAUCAUCGGUCUCAUCGCCGUACUCGACUAUAUCCAUGGCGAAUCCACCAUUUGUUAAUAUUGUAUCUGUUUAUUAUUAUUCUCUCUAUAUAUUUAUGUCGUCACAACAUACUUAAUUUGUUAAAACCACAUAACAAAAGUGUUUGCUUGGAUAAUAACAUUGCCUAAUCAUAAGAUUUAAACAAUCAAAUUUCGCAAUUAAGAUCGAGUUACAAGAAAAAACUAAUUAUUAUACAGAAACAACACAACAAACUGUAACCAGAAUUACAAACAUGAAACGCCUCUUUUUAUAGUUUUUUCCGAUUUUUAGAUUUUUCUCAUCAAUCAAGCACAGGGACAUGGAUCAUCGGUGACGG